AUGGUGGCCCCCGCGACCACUCCCGCAAAUGCGCAAGCGAACAACCCCCGGCAGCGGACGAAUGCCUCCUACCCUUCCUACGGUCACAAUGUGCCACUGAGUGCUCGACGGUCUGCACCCUUGGAUCUUUCCACCGUUGAGCGACGUGGCCAACCAAGUGCUGCUCGAGAACCAACAAAUCGUGUCCGUGCUCAUGGCCUAUUGGAGGCCCCUACCUUCCGUCCCACCGAGGAAGAAUUCAAAGACCCGAACGAAUACAUUCGAAAAAUUGCACCAGAAGGAGCCAAAUACGGAAUUUGCAGAAUCAUACCACCCGAGAGCUGGAACCCUCCAUUUGCGGUAGAUACAGAGAGGUUUCAUUUUAAAACCCGUCGUCAGGAGUUAAAUUCAGUCGAGGGAGGUACCCGGGCGAAUCUGAAUUACCUCGAUCAGCUAGCGAAAUUCCAUAAGCAACACGGCACCAACCUCAACCGGUUCCCCAGCGUCGACAAGAGACCUCUCGAUCUAUACAAGCUGAAGAAAGCAGUCGAAGUUCGUGGUGGCUUCGAUCAGGUCUGCAAGCUGAAAAAAUGGGCCGAAAUUGGGCGCGAUUUAGGCUACAGCGGCAAGAUCAUGUCGUCGCUCUCGACGUCGCUGAAGAAUUCAUACCAACGGUGGCUUCAACCUUACGAAGAGUAUCUCCGUGUUGCCAAACCGGGCGUGCAGCAACAGCUUGAGGUCGAACAAGGAGGGCCCUAUACGCCGUCACCUAAUCGUUCGCCGGUAGCAAAGCGACCUAUGUCCGCUACUCCAUCAAAUGCGCGCCAGGAUUCUCCUGCCGUACGAGCUUCCAACAUCCUCAACGCAUCAAUUGAGACCGAUCAUGUGUCGGAACAGCAAGCCUCUGCAACGGAAAUUCCUGUUCGCCCGACGCCGGGUUUUACCGCUGUGAAUCGUCCAGGAGGGUUUACGCCUAUCAACCGUUCACCAUCAUUUGCUGCGGUGAAUCAUACUCCCCCGAUCAAACGAGAGAAUGAAAAUGGCACGUCCACUCCCAAAAGUAUCGCGCCAUAUCCGGGUAAGGAUAAGGCCGAAGCAAAGCAUACCCCGGUCACCAAUGGGCAUACGUCUCAUCCACUCAAACGUACCAUCAGCCAUGACAGCCUUGCCGCUGAUUCGCAAAGUGAUGAACUUGACGCUUCAGGCCGAAGAAGCAAGCGACUCCGAAAAGAUGGUGUACCCACAGUUGCUGGCUCUCACAUGAGUCUUCUUCGUCCCACCCCACCUAAAGGAAAAAUGAAGAGUGGCACACGUAAAACGGGCGAGAAAUGCGAGGCUUGUGGGAAGACAGACAACCCCGAGACCAUCUUCGUGUGUGACAGCUGCGAAAACGGCUACCACAAAUCUUGUCUCGAGAAUCCUCUAAAUGCCGAUCCUGAUUAUGAUUGGCACUGCCCGAAAUGUCUUGUCGGUACUGGCGAAUUCGGUUUCGAGGAAGGCGGAGUUUACUCCUUGAAGCAAUUUCAAGAAAAGGCCAAUGCGUUCAAAAAGAAUUACUUCGCUCCUCGCAUGCCUUUUGACCCCGUUUUGAACACGCAACGCCGUGAAACCGAGGACGACGUGGAGCGCGAGUUUUGGAGGCUGGUCGAGAGCCUGACGGAAACCGUGGAGGUUGAGUACGGGGCCGAUAUUCACUCGACAACCCACGGCAGUGGUUUCCCGACAGUUGAGAGGAACCCACUAGAUCCAUAUUCUCAAGAUCCCUGGAACUUGAAUGUGCUACCCUUCUACGGCGAUUCUCUAUUCAGGCAUAUCAAGUCUGACAUUUCAGGUAUGACUGUGCCAUGGGUCUACGUUGGGAUGUGCUUUUCCACUUUCUGCUGGCAUAAUGAAGACCACUACGCUUAUUCUGCGAAUUACCAACAUUUCGGUGCUACCAAGACUUGGUACGGUAUUCCUGGGAAGGAUGCUGAGGCCUUUGAAGCAGCGAUGCGGCAAGCCGUUCCGGAGCUCUUCGAAACACAACCCGACCUUCUGUUCCAGUUGGUGACUCUUCUUCCACCUGAUCAACUGAAGAAGGCUGGUGUAAAUGUCUAUGCGCUUGAUCAGAGAGCUGGCCAGUUUGUUAUUACCUUUCCCCAGGCGUACCAUGCCGGUUUCAAUCAUGGUUUCAACUUCAACGAGGCCGUUAACUUCGCUCCGACUGAUUGGGAACCGUUUGGUGCCCUCGGUGUUGAACGGUUGCAAGCAUUCAGAAGACAGCCGUGUUUUUCACAUGAUGAACUGCUAAUGACAGCUGCAGCUAGAGAUACAUCCAUCAAGACUGCCAAGUGGCUUGCACCGGCACUAGAACGUGCAGUUGGUCGCGAAGAGUCUGAUCGUGCCUCUUUCCUUGCCCGCCAUCGGGAAAUCGCUCGGCAUCAAUGUAAGUUUAACGGAAGUGACUGGUCCAAUGAUGCGGACUGUAAAUUGAAGUAUGUCGUGGACGAGGAGGAUCUCCCGGAAGAAGAGUACCAGUGUCAUUACUGCAAAGCUUAUGCAUAUCUUACCCAAUUCCGUUGUGACAAUACCGGCAAGACUAUCUGUUUGAUCCACGCCGACAUGUACGAAUGUUGUGACGAGCCUCUUGAACAGAGAAUGCUCGGUUCACACCACACCCUGCGAUAUCGAAUGACGGAUGAAUCAUUACGAAACCUGGUCCAAAAGAUACGAGACCGGGCUAGGAUACCCGAAGCAUGGACUGAGAAAUUGGACAAAAUACUGGAGGACGAAGCGAAACCUCAGUUGAAGGUCCUCCAUAGCCUCUUAAGCGAAGGUGAGAAGAUCCCUUAUCACUUGCCCGGCCUUCAAGACCUGGCGGCUUUUGUUCAGCGGUGCGACAAGUGGGUUGAAGAAGCCAACAACUACAUCACGCGAAAGCAACAGAACCGCAGGAAGAAUGAGAAAGCCUGGCGUAAAGGCACUUCGAAAGCCGCACAGCUUGAAGAACGCGAUCGUGAGCUUCGCAGAGUGGAAAACAUCCACGCUCUACUUUCAGAAGCUGAUAAACUGUCCUUCGACUGUCCACAGAUGGCGGCCCUGGAAGAGAAGACCCACGAAAUCGAGAAAUUCCGCCUGGAGGUCCAUCUCGCCCUUAACUCCAACAUACGAUCAGCCUCCGAGAUCGAAGAGUUGGUCGAAUCCAGUCGGAAUUUCAAUGUCGACUUGCCCGAGGUGGAAAAACUCGAAACUCUGCUUCAGCAAAUAAAGUGGAGAGAGCAGUCUCACGUAAAACGCGAGCAGCACCUCACACUCGACGAUGUCCAUCAAUUCAUUCAGCAAGGAGAGGAGUUAGGCCUUUCCGAGAAUGAUCCAGACCUGGUACAUUUCAAGGAACUUCGUCGUUCUGGUGACGCAUGGGAAGCCAAAGCCAAGGAGUUGAUUUCUGUGGAAGCUGUUCACUAUGUGCAGUUGGAAGCUUUGUCUGCUCAGGCGUCAAGGUUUCCUGUCUCUCCUGAGACUCUAGCCCAAGUCGAAGCCAUUUUGACCAAGCAGCGUGACGCUCAGAACCAUAUCCGAUCUCUUUACGAACGUUCCAAAGACCCGGACCUUCGCAAACGCCCUACCUACAAAGAAGUGCGAGAACUGAUGGAGUCGCUCGAGCAGCUCAAUAGUCGACCAAUCGGAGUGAUAGAUCUCGAACGCGAACAAAAACAUCACGAAGAUUGGAUGCGAAAGGGCAAAAAGCUAUUUGGAAAAGCCAAUGCGCCUUUACACAUUCUGAAGUCCUAUAUGGAGGUGGUUGAGAAAAAGAAUGCAGCCUGUUUUGAUCUAGAUGAUCGCUGUCGCCCACCUGUCGAACCUUCCUCACGUGACAACACUCCUGAUGGUCUUUUGGAGAAUCCAUCUGCAAGCUGGUUUGAGGCGAAGUCACGAAAGCGAGAUGUUUUUUGCAUAUGCAGAUUACCGGAAUCAGGAAUGAUGAUUGAAUGCGAGCUGUGUCAUGAAUGGUAUCACGGCAAGUGCCUGAAGAUUGCACGAGGCAAGGUCAAGGAGUUCGACAAAUACACAUGCCCAAUUUGUGAUUGGCGACGAAAAAUCCCUCGUGAUGCCGCGCGUCCCAAGCUGGAAGAUUUGCAAGAGUGGCAGGCGGAGAUUGCCAAUUUGCCCUUCCAACCGGACGAAGAGGAGGUUUUAAAUAGCAUCGUGAAACAAGCCACGCAAUUCCGGGAGUUUCUUCAGAGCUUCACCAACGCUGCAUGCACCACGAAUGAGGAGGUCCCAACUCUGAUCUUUUAUCUUCGCAAAAUUGAAGGGGCAGAAGUUUUACUCGCUUACGAGACGAACUUCUUCCGUCAAGAAAUUCACAAAUGGGCACCGGUGGCCCCUGAACCUCCCCCAAUUCUGGAGCAGUCCCUUUCAACACGGAAACCACGUCCCACGAAGAGUCAAAAGAUUAUGGCACAGCUAGGGGUAGACCGCGUUGAAGACCUCCCUGCGCACCUCAGACCCAAGACUAUCCAAGCCGGAAAGCGCAAGUCUAUGGAUGCUUCUCAGCCGGGUCGUACAUCGCAACCUGGAGGUAGCGGUACGACGGACUACAAAUCGGAUACCCCUGGAGAGAACGGAGCUGGCCUAGAGAACUCGUCUACACCGUUUUUUUCUGGCAGCUACGCCAAUCUUGGGCAGGAUUCCAGUCCAUCAUUCAGACUAUCGUCGACACCAGAGCCUGCUCCUGCCUUACUUCCUCAUGCUACUGGUCAUUCUACGACAUUCCCAUCGCGCUCAUCACCGCAAGGGUUGGACCAACCACUCUUUGGCGGGCCCUCUGUUUUUCGUGAUCCACAGGAAGGCGGCCCGGGGGUAGGCAUUGAUACUGGAAAUCCUUUCGGUAGCAGCCCACCUCGCCAAGAGAUGACCGACGUCUUUGCUGAUCUAACAAACGACGACCCGGAGACUGUCGAGCCGAUGGAAAACACUCACGCCAACGAAGCCCUGGAGGCUCUUGAUGUUAGCAACGGCAGUGAAAGACACGACUCGAACGCUGAAGGCGAUGGCAAUAUAUCCGGAUCCGGGGAUGACGUCGAGACCCGCGAUAGAGACGGCGAUGGCUUCUAAGAGUGUAUAAUAUCCACAAGAAGUCACCAAAAGCGGCAUUGAGACGUUUCGAAUUGCUUCAAGACGCGUUUGCUAUUUACGAAAUGGUAUCUACGAGAGUAUGUUUUUUUUUUUUUUUCUCGGUUGGUGUCGGGCGGAGAAAUUAGAAAUCUAUACCUGUGGCGUUCAAAAUUUCUUCCAGCAAAAGCUCUUUGCUGAUUGUCUUUUUCUGUCCUUCUCUUUAUGACAAUGUCUUGUUUGCUUGUACUGUUUCUUGUUAGAACUUUUUCUUGCUUGAUACAUCUUCCUUUCUUCACAUGACACUUGUCAUCAAAAGAUGGACAGAUGAUGUGUGUAUGAUUAUAGCAGAUCUACCAGAGAUA